CCAAUAGAAUCGCAGUUAUGAUUUCCACACCCUUUAGAUAAAAGCGUUUGAGUGAAAGCGAAGCGGAGCAGUUUCCAAUUCUGCACCUCGCCCCCGCCCAGGAUUCAAGUACACACUUCGUUUUUCCUCUUGAUAAUGGCUUUUCACAAGGCUUUUGAAGAUGCUGGCAAAAAGCCUGGGCUGACCGUCUGGAGGAUUGAGAAAAUGAAUCCCGUCCUCGUUCCAGAAAAUCUCCAUGGGAGUUUUUACAUGGGCGAUGCCUACAUUGUGUUCAAUACAACUACGGAUUUUGAGUACAGUGCCCACCUCUGGCUAGGAAAUCAAUGCAGUCAGGAUGAAUCUGGAGCUGGUGCCCUUUUUUGUGUUCAGCUGGAUGACAGUCUCCAUGGCAAACCAGUACAGUAUAGGGAAAUGCAGGGCAGUGAAUCCAACAAGUUUGUGGGCUACUUUCAAAGUGGACUUUUGUACAAGGAAGGAGGGGUUGCAUCUGGGUUUGCACAUGUAGUCACCAAUGACAUCAAUGUCAAGAGACUGCUGCAUGUUAAAGGCAGGCGCAAUGUGCGAGCCUAUGAAGUGCCUUUCAAGUGGUCCAGCUUUAACAAUGGAGAUUGCUUCCUCAUCGAUGCAGGAGCGGUAAUCUAUCAAUGGAAUGGAUCAAAGAGUAACUAUCAAGAGCGAAUAAAGUGCUGUCAGCUUGCGAAAAGUAUCCGCGAUGGAGAGAGGGUAGGCCGUGCCACAGUUGAAGUGGUGGAUGAAGGAAGUGAGCCACCAAAGGUUAUUGAAUUACUGGGUCCCAAACCAUCCAUUCCGGACGCAAGUGUUGAGGAUGUGACAGCAGACACAAUCAGCAAGAAAAAAGCCAAACUCUACAUGAUUUCUGAUGCCAGUGGGCAGUUGACAUUAACAGAGGUUGCUGCUGAGAAUCCAUUUUCCAUGGCUACACUUUCUACCAAGGAAUGUUAUAUUCUUGACAACGGACAAAAUGGCCACAUAUUUCUGUGGAAAGGGAAGGAGUCCUCCAAGUCUGAACGGAAAGUUGGAUUAGAAACAUGCGAGUUCUUCAUAAACAAAAAAGGAUACUCCAAGAAUACUCAGGUCGAGUUGCUGCCAGAAAACGGUGAGACACCGCUGUUCAUCCAGUUCUUUUCAGAUUGGAAGGUUAAAGACCAAAGUGAAGGGCUUGGAAAAGUGUACACUAUUGGCAGUCAUGCAAAGAUCAAAUCUGUACCUUUUGAUGUCACAAAGCUUCACAACUCACCUGCCAUGGCUGCACAGUACAACACAGUGGAUGAUGGGUCUGGUACAGUCAAGAUUUGGCGGGUUGAAGAGUUCAAGAAACAGCCUGUUGACCCUUCAACCUAUGGUCAGUUCUAUGGUGGAGACUGUUACAUUAUUCUGUACACUUACAGAUCAGGAGACAGGGACAGGCACAUCAUUUAUACUUGGCAAGGCCAGAAAGCAACAAAAGAUGAGCUGGGAUCAUCAGCUAUCCUCACAGUUGAACUUGAUGAUCAGAUGCAAGGCCUGUGUGUUCAGGUACGGGUGACACAAGGUCAGGAGCCUCCUCAUCUGCUGAGCCUGUUCAAGGGUAAGCCAGUCAUCGUUCACCUUGGAGGGACUUCCAGGCAUGGUGGUCAGAGUGCUGCGGCACCAGUCCGUCUUUUCCAUGUCCGGAAAAGCUCAACAGGAGCGACUCGAGCUGUUGAGGUGAUUGCUGACGCGGGGUCCCUGAACAGCAAUGACACAUUUGUGCUGAAAACACCACAACAGAGCUACAUUUGGAAAGGCGUGGGUGCAAGUCAGGCUGAAUUAAAGACUGCAAAUAACGUGGUCAGUGUACUCGGAGGAAGUGCAACAGAGAUUAAAGAGGGAAGCGAACCAGACAGCUUUUGGAAAGAACUAGGUGGAAAGAAGCAAUACCAGAGUUCCAAAGGCCUCAAAGAAGAAGUGGCUCAACACCCAAUUCGUUUAUUCGGUUGCUCAAACAAAACAGGAACAUUUAUUAUCGAAGAAGUUCCAGGGGACUUCACGCAGGCUGAUUUAGCAGUCGAUGAUGUGAUGCUGUUAGAUGCCUGGGAUCAGAUCUUUCUUUGGAUUGGCAGUUCAGCAAAUGAGGUGGAGAAGUCGGAGUCAUUGAAAUGUGCAAAACAAUACUUGGAAUCUGACCCAUCUGGAAGAAACUCAGGAACACCUAUUAACAUCAUCAAGCAAGGAGAAGAACCUCCAAAUUUCACAGGCUGGUUCUUAGCUUGGGACACCAAAAUGUGGGAUAUGAGUCCUUUGGAAAAGUAUUUGGCUAGUCUGAGAAUGUAGUGCUGAGAUGGGACUUCAUUGAGCCACUUUUUUUUUAAAUUUGCCUGCCCAAGCUGUAAAGCAUUGAAGAGUUGGAUUCUUUUAGUGCCAGUAGAAAUUCAGCAACAGUUUUUUUAACCAUUUAAGGACGUGUGAGUGAAUAUAUCUUUUCUAUAGGAUGCCUUACUAUGUCAUAAAUUAUACUGGGAAUAGAAAUCUCGUCAAUAUUGCCUCUGUCACUGGGUCAGACAAAUUAUGAUCCAGACAUAAUCUGAAAAAUCAGUUAUUGACCCAAAAGCUUACUUGUGGUUUCUCCCUCCAAAUCAUUGCUAUAAUUUUGGCUUCGCCUUGGAUUACAUGGAGCCUGGGUUAAAGUUAAGCCUGGCAGAAAACAUGAGGUCAAAUUCCACAUUUAGAUUUUAGAUUUUAUGGUCACACGUACUCAAGUACAGAAGUACGGGAGUACAGUGAGAAGUGUAUAAUGUCGCCAUUUCAUUUUAAGCUGCAAGUUAACAUCAAACACAGUAACACUAUGAGCAUUAAUCAUCUUUUCUUGAUUGUAUUAACAACGGAACUUGAUCUGAAUCAAGCUGCAGAUGGGAGACACUAUCAGAAGAAAAUCAGUUUGAUUGUGUCAGAUGCUUGGAAAAUGCUUGUGCAGUGAAUGUUUACAACUUAAGUAGGGAAUGCAGACUGUUAAUGCUUCCUCAGUGUUUAAAGGUCAUAUGCAGCACUGAAGGUGACUUAAAUUUAGGAGAAUACUUAAUAUUUAGGUUAUGGCUCUUGACACGUUGACUUUUAAAGCUUUAGGAAGCAUGGUGGGUGCUGGAACUUUAGAAAAUAUGUCACAAAGUAUAGUUUCAUUUGCAACAACAAAUGUCACUUUGUCCUUUACCACAAAUCUUAAGGAGCAUUCUGAACCUUUCUGGCUUUAAAUGUGUUUAAACUGAAUUUCUGCAACUCUGAAGCUGUGCACAAGCAUGCUCGCCAUUGUUAAAUUCUUUGAGCAACAAGUCUGGGCUGCUCUUCCCCACCAUAGUCAUAUUAAUGCCUCUGGCUUUUCAGUUCUGGCGCAUUUCCAGUUUUUUGUCUAAACAGACGGCAGUGGAAUUUUAGGUGUGAAAGUAGCAAAGCUUCUGCUAAAUUGCUUGGCUCAAAGAAAAGAAUCUUAUAUUAAGUGUAUCCAGAUUCAUUGUUUAUUCCUACGUUGGUAUCUUAAUAAAAACUUGGUAUGUACAAAA